GUGAAACCUUUUUAUCUCGUUUGCUAGCUACUAUACACUACCAAAUAGUACGAACAACUCAAUGUCUUCUGCCGGCUUAGCAAGCCGGAAAAAGGAUCCGGUGUACAGAGGAAUCAGGUGCCGAAGUGGGAAAUGGGUUUCCGAGAUUCGUGAGCCGAGGAAAACCACUAGAAUCUGGCUUGGAACUUAUCCCACGGCAGAGAUGGCAGCCGCGGCCUACGACGUGGCUGCUAUGGCUCUUAAAGGAAGAGAAGCCGUCUUGAACUUCCCGGAAUCAGCCAUGUCAUACCCGGUUCCCGUAUCAACAUCUGCAGCGGAUAUACGAACCGCUGCGGCCGCUGCAGCAUCAGUGAAGGGAUGUACUGAGUACGGGGAGGAGGUGGAGAAAGAGUCAAAGAAGAAGAAGAAGAAGAAGACUAGUAGUAGUAGCUUGAAGUCGAGAGCGAGUGAAUGCCACGUAGAUAAUGAUGUGGCGUCUUCGUCGUGGUGUGGGACAGAGUUUAUGGACGAAGACGAAGUCUUGAAUAUGCCUAACUUGCUGGCUAAUAUGGCGGAAGGGAUGAUGCUUGCACCACCGUCGUGGAUGGAUUCUCGGCCGUCCGAUGACUCUCCGGAGAAUUCAAAUGAUGAGGACUUGUGGGGCUAUUGACCUGUUUUGUGUUGUCCACUUAUUAUAUAUGUAAUCAUAUAUAUUGUUCUUUUAUUUGUUUUUUUCUCAUCAUAUCACUUAUAUGAUGAUAAUAUCAAAUCAUAUGUUUUAAUUAUUUAAGGG